GACCAUUCAGAGAGGAACUCGGUCAUAUUGGGAGUCGCUGUUAAGAUUUGAGGUUGCAUUGUGAAGAAACCUCUUUAUGGGAGACUUCUGCUGGGAUUUAUGUCGUUUUUUUGUUUUUUAGAGAGAUGAUAUAUUUUGGUUUUGAGUGUGGGAGGGUGAAACCUGGCACUGAGGGUGAUGUGGAGAAGACCUGACAUGGUGAGCUUGCUCUCUGAAUAUGAAGGUGUGGUAAGAAGACAUCAACAUCAAGACAACAUAAAUGACAUCAAGAAAGUAUUUGAGAAGGAUAUUGAGAUUUGCUUCUCUUGGGUGCAGAUGUGAUGGACAUGCUCAUCCGCAUGUUUAUGGAGGAACUAUGACAUUUGGAUUAGCCUAAACUGAAAUGUCAGAGUGAAAUAUUUUAGUUGUAUACAAGCUCUAAUUUAUGGCUUGGGUCCUGUCCUAUUGAGAUUUUAAUUUUUUUUUUAUGAUUAAAUUCCUGAUUGUUUUAUUAUAGCCUUAUACAGGUUAGACGGGACCCCCAACGUCUAGCAGAAGUUAAAAUGCUGGACUCCAAAACGAAGGACUUGUGCCGUAUUUGUGCACGGGAGCUGUACGGUAACCAGCGCCGAUGGAUCUUCAACCCGACAGCCAAGCUGAGUCUGCAGGUACUGCUGUCGCACGCUCUGGGCAGGCAGCUGUCCCGGGACGGCCGCAGAGAGUUUGCCUGCAGUAAGUGUGCCUUCAUGCUGGACCGCAUGUACCGCUUCGACACUGUGAUCGCCCGUGUCGAGGCGCUGUCCAUUGAGCGAAUGCAAAAGCUCCUGCUGGAGAAAGAGCGGCUUCGACAGUGCAUAGGCGGACUCUACCGCAAAAACAAUCCAGAAGAAAUUGAUUCUGAAACCCCGGCGGAGGCUUCAUUCAUCGACACGGCCGCCCCAUGUGAUUCCAAGUACAGCUGUCUGUUAGAAGAGGACCUGACGUACUCUGUCUACGAGUGCUGGGCUGAGCAUGAUUCAAAGGAACGUGCAACAGGGACACAUCAACAACACACUGCACAUCACCACUACCAACACCACCACCAUCGCCACCAGUGCCAUGCUGGAUCAGAAGCUGGCACGGCGCAGCGCUCCAGGAAGUGCAGGGGAUGCACCACAUUGCGAGUGGCUGACUCUGACUACGAAGCCAUCUGCAAAGUGCCCCGGAAGGUGGGCAGAAGCACCUCAUGUGGACCCUCAACCCGCUACUCUGUUAGCAAUCUGGCCAGCACAGAAGAGACAUGCCCUGAAUCAGAACCUCAGGAGCCAGCCGCUCAGUCAUCAAGUCUGACAGAGAUCAGUCAGACUGCAGAAACCGCUGAGGAGGAAAACGUCAGUCUCAGUCCGGCAACAUCGAUCGAGUCACUGGACGCUACAGGUGACGCCAGUCAGCCCUGCUGCUCACUAGUCCACUCAGACCUCCUGCAGGAACAGAUGGAGGACGAGAAGGUCUUGACCCAGAGGUCCAGUGCAGAACAGAGCCUCAAAACAGGAGUGGAACUGGCUCUCAGCCUGGUCAAAAGCUUUGAGUGGCGUCCAGUCCGGGUUUUUCGAGGCAGCCGGCUGCCUGUACCAAUCAAGUGUGUAGCCAUGCACCAGGUCCCUCAGGCAACAACGGACUGUCCUUUCUCUCUCCAGCCAGCUGAUAUGAUUCCUCUCAGCAUCCAGCAGCAUCUGCAGCUCGACCUGGCUGAGAUCGAGGCACUUUGGCUGGAUGAUUACGUUCCAUGUGGGCCUCUGGGCUUCCAUGAGAAGCUCAUUGCGGAGCAGCAGGUUCAGCUGGUGCAGUAUGAAAAUGCAGCUGGUCAGUGUGUGACUGAACUACACAAGGCCCAGCUACAGGUCCAGUCUCUCCAGACUAAGAUCAGAGAGAGUGAAGCAAACAACAAGGAACUGCAGCAGCGACUCGAAAGUAUGGAGUGUGAGCUGUUGUCUUUCCGGGAGACAGCACAAGGACAGGAGAGGACUAUCCAGACUCUAAACAACUCUCUGAGCACCAAGGACAGUGAGAUUGCUGACUUCCAGCAGCUCAUAGAGGAGCAGAAGCAGCUUUUGAUUUCUCUGAAGCAGCAGAAUCAGCAACACCAGCUGCAGAAAUUGCAGACGUCCACUACAGCAUCUAGUCCACUGCAGGCUGAGCUGUCAGAGCUUCAGGCCUCUUUAUUUUCAACCCAGCUGGAGCUGCAGAGCGUCCAAAGAGCCCAGCGCCAGGCCCAGAGAAGAGAGGACGAGCUGGCACGUGCCAACCAGUACCUCCUCGCCGAUCUCCAGGAGGUGCAGCACCAUCGCCGGGAAUCCAAGAAACACAAUCAGGAGCUGCUUGCGGCUCUGCAGAGAGUGCGCUCGGACCUAGAGCAGAUGGAAGAGAAGUGGAAGGAGGGAGAGGGAGACAAGGAGAGAGAUGUGGAGGAAAGAGAGAGAACCAUCAGGGAGCUGAAGACCAGGCUGCAGCACAAAGAGCAUCUGCUACAUGACUACACUGAACUGUUGGAUGGACAGAAAGAACCAGCCGGAAACAGAGACAUCCUCGUCCACAAGCUCAAGCUGCGCAUUCAGGAGAGAGACCGAGCCCUGGAGCGUGCGGUAGACGAGAGAUUUGUGUGUGUGGAGCAGAAGGAGGCCGAGGUGCGCAAGCUGCAGCUGCUCCUCCGAGAGAAAGAGAGGGACCUGCAGAAACUGCGCCGUGUGCUGUCCAACAACGAGGAGACCAUUAUGAGUUUAGAGGUGUUGGUUCGAGGUAAAUCUGUAGAGCUGGAGCAGGUGAGUGAAGCGUGGAGAGGCAGUCAGCGUGUCCAGCGUGAGUGUGAGGACAGACACAUGCGCAGCAUGAGAGAGAGAGACACACUCAUCAGCCAGCUCCAGACAACACUACACACACGCACUAAAGAGGCUGAGGAGUUAACAGCUGCUCUCCUCAGUAAGGUGCCACUGAGCUCCAGUGAGGUCGUGGAGAAACUGAAAGGUCGGCUUCAGAUGAAGGAGCAUCUUUUCCAGGAGCUUCUGGCGGAGAACAGCCGACAGACACAGGAGCACAACACACACAUCCAGGAGCUGCUUAACGCCAUCCGCACCAGGGAGCAGUAUAUCAAGGAUUCGGCAGAGCGUGCGGGUCAGGUGAUGUCGGAGCAGACGGAGCGCCUACAGGAGCUGUGCAGGCAGAUUGUGUCAGCAGGAAGCAGAUCACUGAGUACAUUAAAACCCCCUGAAGAUGCACAGAUACUUCAGGAGGAGCUUCAGCUGGUGCUUACCAAAGAGCGGGAGGCACGGAGGGAGCUGUCCAUCCUGCGCUCCACCUUAGCAAACAACCAGGAGCAGCUCCAGGCCCAGACUGCACAUCUGGGCGCUUUGAACCACACGAGUAAACCCGAGCAUCCGGUAUCCAUGGAGACGGAGCAGGCAGCCAGCUCAUACACUGAUACCGGAGACUGCACUUCAGAUGAAGAAGAGGAGGAAGAUGAUGGCAAUAGUGAAUUUGCAGAGAGCACUGGAGAAGAGGAGCGCUGCAAAGCAACAGCACGGGCUUUAGCCGACACGCAGGGCUACGAGCAUCCUGGAGGACCCAUGCUAUCUCAGACUCCUGCAGAGGUGGAGGGCCAGGGGCUGGCUGAGGUGAAGCUGUUAGUGGAACAGAAGCAGGCGGUGGAGCGAGAACUGUGGGAACUAAAGGCCCAGCUGGAGAAGGCCGGCUUCACCUCUUUCUCUCAGAUGAGGAAAGCAUUGCUCAGCCUCCGUUUGGAGAAUGAAGAGCUCCGAAGCUCAGUGGGAACAAGCAACGCAGACGAAGAAACACACAGACGCUCAGACAAGCAGAGAGGAAGAGGAGUGCAGUGGCAGCCUGAACCCUGUGAGGGCAAGAAGAGAUGCAGCAGGGUGCUUUGUCUCGACUCAGGAGCACAGAUUUCCUACUCUACACAGCCAGUGCAGCAAAAGCUGCAGGAGAGACUAAAUCCAGUGGUGUCGAAAUCCAGCACGCAGACCCAAGCAGAAAGGCUCAGCGACUCCAGAGAACAACUCGCAGAGACACCAGUGCAGCACAACAGUAAGCAGGUACAGGUGGACCUUCAGGAUCUGGGCUAUGAGACGUGUGGCCGCAGUGAGAAUGAAGCAGAAAGAGACGACACCAGCAGCCCAGAAUUUGAUGAUCUCGAGCUGUGCACAUCUCUCUCGUGCCGAGAUGGCGCGUCUCAGUGGUGGUCUGGUCUGGAUUCGGCGGACCGAGCAGGAGGUGAUGAUGAGUGUCUUCAGCAGCAGGUGGAGGAUCUGCAGGUGCAGCUCUCUCGUUCCCAGGCUCUGGUGCUCAGCCUGCAGUCUCGCCUUCAGGACGCCACUCCAAACUCCACCCCCCGAAAGUCGAACCGGGACGACAGGGAGCUGCGAGAGCUGGUGACCCGCGUAUCGUCUCUGGAGGAACAGCUGAAGAAAGGCAAAGGUCAUGCUGAGGAGGAGGCCAAGAGCACUACUAGGACUGGGAAGUUUGACACACUGAUCCAGGCUCAAGCCCGCGAGCUCUCUCACUUGAGGCAACGAAUGCGUGAGGGUCGGAGUGUCUGUCACAUCCUCACACAGCACCUGGGAGACACCACCAAGUCCUUCGAGGAGCUGCUGCGGGACAAUGACAUUGACUACUACAUGGGCCAGAGCUUCAGAGAUCAGCUCGCCCAGAGCUCAGCACUGGCCCAGAGAGUCGGAGCCAAGAUCAGCAGCCGUGAGUGGGACUAUUCUGAAAUACCAGAUGACAAGACAGGUCAUGAACUGCUUGCGAUUCGGUUAAGUAAGGAGCUGCAGCAGAAAGACAAGCUCAUUGAGUCACUGCGCUCCAAACUUGAGCAGCAGCAGCAGUCCCGUGCAGAUACACCCACCAGUACCCACUCCCUAUCAGGAGAUGCUGACCAGUUGGAGCAUGCAUCCUGUGUCAUGGAUGAACAGGGUUCCACCAAUGAAGACCUGGACUUGUGCUCAGAACUGGACACUGUCAGUGAGUUUGGGGAAGAGGAAGUAGCUGAUGACUCUCUUCGGCCUACGCCGUCACGUCCGUAUCCAUCCAACCCGCCGUCCAUCACUUCUUCACACAGCCACCAGUCCUCCAGCAUGCACUGCACCCCUCACAGGCUCAUAGAUGGCCAAAUACAGACAGAACUCAGGUGUGCCCCUCUACCCCAGAGCCCCCAAUGUCUCUCUGCUCAGAUGGUUUUUCCACCAUUUGACCCCCAAACACAACACCCAAGACCCCGUUCUAGAACCACAGGGGGCUUCUCUCUGGCAGAGGUGCACCAGGAGCUGCAGAGGCUACAGAGGCAGUUAGCGAACAGUUUUAGUGGAGCUCAGGUCAAACCCCUGCCAGGUGUUUUCCACCAGACUGAUCGCACUGACUUUCACCUUCCAUCCCAGCAAGCCUUUCAGCAACCUCCUUUUGCAGGCCUUCAUGCUAGCCCGAACAUGACAUAUGGGGCUCAGCAAAAGCGAGAAAGUGCUUAUAAUGAUGUUUCCUCAAGCUCAUCGGGUUACCACUCUGGCGCACGUCACACAGGAGCAGACUUGAUGGAGGUGCACCUGAGGGAGAUUCGCGGUCUCCAUCGACGUCUUGAAGAUUCCAUCCAGACCAACGAACGUCUAAGACAGCAGCUGGCGGAGAGACUAGACUCCAAGAUACAAGAUGGAGGUGCUCCGACAAACAUCUACAUACAAGGACUAGACUCCGUCAGUCAGCUAUCUAAUGAGGUUCGAGUCCUUAAGGAGGAGAAUCAGGCUCUCCAGAGUCAGCUCCAGCAGGCGAGCAGAGAUGGCAGGAAGCAGGCAGAGCAGUUACGGGAUGCCGUCUUAUUAGAGCACACCAGGCUGAAGCAGGCGGAGCUGGAUGCGGAGAAGUGGGCGGGGCAGUUCAGGCAGCUGCAAGCGCAGACGCAAGAGCAGACACAGGUGGUUCUGCAGCUGAAGCAGGACAAACAGAUCAGUCAGGAGAAUACUAACAGGCUCGAGCACGAAGUGAACGUUCUCCAGCAGCAGCUGAGUGAGAGCAGACGACUCGCGCAUGCUCUUCGGUGUGAUUUGCAGCUGCACCAGAGCUUGCAUGGAACCACCCAAAAUGACAGUGAAGACUCGCCUCGCUCUCCUCCUGUGCGGGACACAGGACUCUUAAAUCCAGCCUUGCCCGUCUCUGCUCAGCUUCAGUCCUCUGUUACCGGUGGUCACAAGGGUGAAGUCCCAGAUGGCUCGUUCGCCUGCAGGACAGGGCGUCAUGUUGUGGGCCACUGGGACGACUUCAGCACCCUGCAGCAGCAGCUCCUGGCGGGCAAAGUGCUCAUCUCCAAGAUGGAGGCGGCACUGCAGUCCAGCAUGGAAAUCAACCUGCAUGAGGACUGUGUAAAGAACCUUCUGACCAGCACCAAGACCUUAAAGCAGAUUCUGGAGGAGGCAGGUUCUGUCCUCAAAAUGUUCUGGAGGGCUGCUCUCCCUUGCGCUGAGACCACAACACCACAGCUUCAAAAGGAGCAGAGUUUGAGAGAAGAAGUUGUCUCUCUGAGGCACAAAGUUGCUGAACAGGAACAGACUCUAAGAGAUACGUUUGAGAGCCUGAGAAACUCCAACCACACCACAGACAGCAUGGAACACUUCAUCGUCAGCCAGCUGUCUAGGACACGAGACGUGUUGAGAAAAGCUCGCACAAACCUUGAGAAGAACGAGCUCAGGAUCAACUCUUUAGGCUGCUCCUUUUCUUCUCCCUUUCCCCAGUCUUCCUCCUUCACUCCUUCCCGGGUCGCUAGAGGUGAAGUCUCAAACACCGGAUGCAGCUCCUGUCCCGGACCGAUUACCGUGACCGCACCGUCCCAUGACCCACACGCACGUGUCUCAUGGGUAGAAGGGCGCUUUAGCAUGCAGCGCCCUCUACAGAUGUUCUCUGGCAGCGCACGAUCGACACUCCGCGCCGCUGCACCCAUCGCAUGCUGAGCGAGCUCACAGCCUGCAAAGCUUCCAGAUUUCAAGCUUUAGAAAUGUCAUAGGUUGUUGGUGCUCAGGUAUCAGCAGCAAGUUCUGUGGCUUUUGCUGUAGUUUAGAUCUCAGGGCGUUUGAUGUAUUGGUGCCUUUUCUUAAAGUCGUAAGCGUUAGCAAGAAACAAGUGGUCUUAUGAAAGGCUGCUGGCUUUGACUUUGGUGAUGGAGGAUGAAAAUGGUACAUAGCUGCAUUUGAUUAUUUAAAAUAAUAAUAAUAAUAAUAAUAUAUACAUAUAUAUAUAUAUAUAUAUAUAUAUAUAUAUAUAUAUAUAUAUAUAUAUAUACACCAAUGAUGCUAUUUUCUCCUAACCUUCCUGUAUAUUCUACUGUUAAUUACGCAUACAAUGCCUUUAGAUAGAGCAGUGCUUACCAAACUGGUUCUCUUUCCUUCCAGACAGUCCACAUCUUCUUGAUGAUUGUUGUUGGUAUACUGGGGGAAAAUAAAGUGCUCUUGGGGGUGGGGCUGGAAAACCCUGAGUUAGCCAAGGCCUUUGAACUGUGGAUUAAGAUUUGUGUAGGUUUAAGAGAAACCAGCAAUACCAUAUAGUGUGUGUAUGUUAAAACAAUAAUACUGAUAAUAACGUUAACUAUGAAAAAGACCGACGGUGCAAUGCUAUGUACAACUUACAAAGAGCAAGAACGGUGAUGAUGCUGCUCACUUUUGAACACUGUAACUGUAAAAGACAAAAAAAAACCUAAAUAAGGAAUUCUGCUGUUACUUCACAGAUUUAGAUCUGUGUUACUGCCGAGGCUUGAGCCUCGCAUUUCUGUCCCCUUGUUAUGUUUAACUGGAUUAUGCAAAGUUUAAGCCUUCAUAUUGAUCCAUUUUAUGGUCAGUAUUGGAAAAUAAUGGUCAUUUUAAUAUUUGGUCCAAAAGCAGUAUCAUUUUUACUACCCAAAUUCCAAAAAAGUUGGGACAGUAUUGAAAAUGCAAAAAAAAAAAAAAAGGUUCAAAUUCAGUUCAACCUGUACUAUAAUGAGAACACAUUAUUAAGACAUUAUUUAAUGUUUUACUUUGUGAAUGCUGGCUUUUGAACCUGACGCUGAUAACAGCUUGGAUGGUCCUUUUCCAUUUUGGCCCGUUGAACACGACGGCUGUUUUGUCCAAAAACUAUUUGAAAUGUCGAUUCGUCGGACCACAAAACACGAUUCCACUGUGCUACUGUCCACCUCAGAUGAGACCGAGCCCAGAGGAGUGGGCGGUACUUCUGGACAGUGUUGAUGUAUGACUUCUGCUUUGAAUAUUAAAGCCUUAACUUGCAUCUGUGGAUGCAGUGGCGAAUGGUGUUGACUGACAAAGGUUUACAAAAGUAUUCCCGAGCCCAUGUCAGGAUAUCCAUUACAGACUCAUGACGGUUUUUAAGACAGUGACGUCCGAGGGAUCGGAGAUCACGUGCAUUCAGAAGUGGUUUUCUUGCCCUUUACACACCGAGAUUUGGCCGGAUUCCUUGAAUCUUUUAAUUAUAUUGUGCACUGUAGAAGGUGAAAAGCCCAAAAUCCUACCGAUUUGUCUUUGGGGAAUGUUGUUCUCAAAGUGUUGGAUUAUUCGCCGACUGAUCUGUUGGCAGAUUGGCGAGCCUUGACCCAUCCUUGCUCUUAAAGGACUAGGCCUUUUUUAGAGGCUCCUUAUAUACUAUGAUUAGAUGAUUACCUCACCUGUUUCAUAUCACCUUCUUAUUUCAACUCGUCACAUCGCUAUUAGUCCUAAAUUGCCCCGUCACAACUUUUUUUGGUUGCAUGCAACGUGUUGCAUGCAUCAAUUUCAAAAUCAGCGUGAAAAACUGUGCAGUUGAUCAGGUCAAACAUCAAAUACCUCGUCUUUAUAUGUUUUUUUGUUUAAAUACAAGUCAAAGUACAUUUACAAAUCCCUCCUCUUUGUUUUUAUUAGCGUUUUCCAUCCUGUCCCAACUUUUUCCGAAUUGGGGUUGUAUAUUACUAAUUGUUGUGUUACUGGAUAUUUCUUAAUGAUGGACCAUUUUUUUUUUGUUUUUAUUAGAUUUUUUUGUAACCCUAUGCCUGUAAAUUCUAUGCAACAGAAAACAAAUGUAAUUGUAAAAACACGUGUGAACUACUUGCCCUGAGGUAACACAAUCAUUGAGAGAAACUGUCAAUCAUCGGUUGCUAUACUGUUGAAUGCAAGGACGGGCUACACUUCUCCUGCUGUUCGAUAUCUCAUUAAGCAUACAAUCGACUUCAGCUUCAACACGCACUGCACAACCAUGUGCCAUGUACCAUAUACUGUAUUUACCGGAAGGCUGAAUUUCAACAUCCUUCCUGUUUGGCAUACUGUACAGUACACAGACCUGGAUCAAUAGUGUUUACUACUGCACUUUACAUCAAAAUACCACUUUCACCCAAGAGUCAGUUCAGUCACACGCUCUCGUGGAGUUAUUAUGCUGAGUCAUGCCAAUUAAUCACACACACUAGACUUCCUUUUUGAUAGUCAAGCUUUAAUAAACAUUGAAAAUCUUUGUACAUUUUGAAAAAUUUAACACUAAGAAACCAAGCAGCACAAAAAUAAUCACCCCACAAGACUAAUCAGCUAUCAGGCAAAAUACAAGCAAUAGUAAAUACUAUAGUAAAUAGGAAGCAAUAGAGUGACUGAAUGUCAUUAUUGAUGUGGGAAAGAAGAGAUGUGUGUGUGUGUGUGUGUGUGUGUGUGUGUGCGCGCCAGCCCUCACUGGGAUUUAUUGUCUAUGCAAGCGUUCUUUACAGAAACAGAUGUGUGUAUGUGCUAAGAGUUGUCUGAAUAAUAAAAAGAGAAAGAUUCCAA